UUAAAAUUCGACUAAUACAUUACGUCAGUUUCAAACAAUAGUUUUUACUGUUAGAUUAUAACAAACACUUCGUUUCAUACUUUAUAAUUUUACAACGGGGAUUAGAAUGGUUAAUGACUGCGGGCAAAGCAGUCAAACAUCUAAUGCAAAUAAUCAUCAGCAAUCCGGAAUAAAAAACAGUAUGACACAAAUAACUUCAAUACAAAAGCAGCAGUUUCCAAAUCUUGAAACAACAACUAUAGGAACUAUAGCCUUGCAAAGCAAUGAUACCAGAGUUGUUAUUGCUCUUCUUGAAAACGGUGAAUAUUUACGGUUGAAAGUACUGGAGAUUCAACCAGCUCUUACACAUUUGGGUGAAAAUCAAGAAGAUGCAAAAGCAUUACUUCAUGCUCAUGAUGAAGUGCUUGAAAAAAUACAGACAAAACAAAACCCAGUUGACGAGAUGUGGAGGCAAGCCGAUGAUACAUUGUUAUCUCAAAAACCGCUAUGCGCAGCUAUGGCUGAAAACUUAUCUCAUGCUUGGAAAGAUAUUUGCGAUUUAUUGGAAAAACGAAAACUUAUUUUGGAACGCAACGUACUUUUUCAAUGUCGAGCUGAGGAGUGUAAAGAAAGUAUGAGACAUUUAGAAACUGCUUGUAAUAAUAUGCAUUUACCAAUUGAAAUCGAUAUUGUGAAACUAUAUUUAAAAAAACUGCAUGGAACUCGAAAAUUAAUGCUCGAAACGUUAAUGGGUUCACUGAAGGAUGGAAAAGCUUUAUUAGAUAGACUGCGAGAUAUAAUGAAUGAAGGAAGCAUUGAUUCAAGACCUGAAAAAUUAACGCUAGAUGCUGAAUCAGCAAUCCAUAAAGUUGAAGGUUGGUUGGAAAACUUGCACGAUCAGCGUAAAAGAAUCGAAGUAACGUUUCAAAGGCGUAAACAGCAGCUGGAACAAUGCCUUGGUUUAGCUAUAUUAGCCUCGGAUCUGAGUGAACUUGAAAAUCGUCUGACAGAUCGAUCAAAUAAGCUGGCAGCUCGAAGUGAUCAAUUAGGAGAUUCCAUAACUAAUACAGAGUUACUUAUAUUUGAAAUUCAAAAAUUACAAAUAGAGGCAAAGGACUUUCAAGAUAAUGCUUUAAGAAUAACAAAAUCAACAGAAAGUUUGAUAUCUCCAGACAUUUCCAGUUUUCAAACAGCCAGUAAAAAAGCUUACAAUGUAUUAGAAACAGCUGCAAAUUAUGUUAAUGAUCUCAAUCAGUACGAAGUUAUCCUGAACCAAAGCUUAAAUUUUUAUGAAUUAGCAGCAUCGGCAUUUACAAAAUUGGACCAAUUGGAGGUCCAACUAGCUACUUCGGAACAUCCAGCUCGAUCUGCAAGCCUUAUUUUAUUGCAUUCUAAUACGGCCAAAAUUGUGAAUGAAGUAACAGAGCCAGCAUUGACCACAGGACAUGCAUUGCUUGAACAAAUAGAAAGAAAAACAACUGGACUUGAUGGUGUGAGAAAAACAGUUAAAGACAUUACCGACAGAAAAAAUCGUAUUCUUGAACAAUGUACAGCUCACUGUAGUGAAAAUCUACGUCUUUCAAGAUGUUUAGAUGAUUUCUCUGAAAAGCAUGAAGAACUAACAUUUUGGCUGAACGAUAUCAUAGAAUCUUUCUUAAAAGGACAUCAAGAUAUGGGAAGUGAUCUAGUCAUGGCACAAGAUUUUUAUCAAAUUCACGCAAAACUAUUGGAAGAACUCAAUAAAAAAGAAGAAGAUGUAAAUCGUUUAGAUCAACAAGUAAUUCAAAGCAAUAUUUUGCAACAUUUACAAGAACAAGAACACACUGAAGUUCUUGAUAAGAUAAGAACACUUCAAAAUUCUUGGAUUAUGGCUCGUAGUACUCUAGAAGGACGUCUUCAACUGGCCUCAAUGUACUUCGAAUUUCAUAAAUCUGCUGCAGAAUUAGAGACAGAAAUGGACCAAAUAGAAUACGAGAUUCGCCAAAAUACAGAUUAUAUGAGCGAAGAAAAAAUAAGUAAUCUAGAAAAACAAUGGGAAAAAAUGCAACCGUCUUAUUCAAACCUUACCACCAUUGGUAAACAAUUCUUGGACGAAAGCAUAAAGGUCGUGGAUUCUUACCUUGAUGUUCCACGCGCUCGUCUUUCUGCAGGAUCCAUUAUAGAAAAAUUAUCAAAUCGUCAAUAUUUAAUAACACAGAGUUAUGAAUCAAUGAAUACAAAGGUAGCAUUAAAAAAAGAAAUUAUAAAAAAACAAAUGCAACGUUAUGCAGAAACCAGAGAGAGGGCAAAUGUAUUGAGAGAACAAUUAUAUCCUAUAAUUAAGUGUGAUUCAAUUGAGCCUUUCGAAAUUAUCAAAAAUCUGAGAGAUUCACGGGUAAUUUUUAUUCCGAAGCUGGACCACGCUAUUUUAGAAUUGGAAACUGAGACUGAAAAAAUAGGGAUUCCUGAACCCAAAAAUGAUCAAUCGAACUUCACUAUCGGCAAUAAUACAUGCCAAUUAUUGGAUGAGCUCCGAACAUCAACAGCCAGUUACAAGAUCGUUCUUGAUGAUCUUAUUGAUCUCUUUGACAAAUUAUUACAGGUGGAGCAAAAAUUAAGUGACAAUUGUUUUAAUACUAAAUCCUGUACAUCUGCAAACCACGAUUCAUUGCAUGAGGUUCGUGAUUUAUUGGAAAAACUUGAUACAUUCAGUCAAUCUAUUUCCAGAAUAUUUAUAUCUGCCAAAGAAAAAUCGAAAGAUGUUAUAAUUAAAAUUCAGAAUUUGGAAACUACUGAUCUUACGCAGCAAGAUUAUGAUAAGAUCAAUAAAUCGUUCAAGAAAGUAGUAGAUCACUGCAAUAGUUUCAUCACAACUACUAGAACGGUAUUGCAAGAGCGUUUAAACUUUUGCUUAUUUGGUGACGAUUUAGAUCAAAUUAAUGCGGAGUUGCGUGACUUAGAGAACCAACUUAAAGCAAUCUCUGCAUGGUUUGGAGAAAGUUCGACAACUGCGAAAAGCGUUUCACAAUCGUUUUCUCAAUUUGAAAAAACAUUGACUAUUUUAGAAGAGAGAAUUAAUAAGUUUGUUGCUGCUACUAAAAUUAAUGCUGGGCAAAAACUACCAAAAAUUGAAACUGAACUGAAUAAUUUACAAGAUAAGUUAAGAACUUUGAAAAACCUUACGAAAGAAACUAGAGAAAAAAUUAAUUCCAGUAUACAAUAUUUUACGCUCUUGGAAGAAGCUCAACAAUGGUUCAAAGAAGGAAGCCAACUACUUCUCACUGCAGCUAGAAAAGCAACAUCAAUAAAAACUGUUGAAGAAGCAGCAAACUUAUUGAGUGAAAUUGAUACCUUUAUAAAAACCGGUGAAGAAUAUCAAGAGACAAGAAUAGAAAAUAUACGUGUAUUAUCUACUGAAAUAUUUGGAACCAAUCGCUUAUCUCAAUUCAAUGAUCUUGUAGUUGAAAACCGUGAAAUGUUAGAUUCAUUUGCUAACACAUCUUCAGAAUUACGUAGUUUAUUGUCUGAUUUACAAGGCACAAAAAUAAUUUCAGAAAAAGUUAAGGUUAAAGUAAAUCAGUCUGAUGCUUCUCAACCGAUAGCUUCAUUAAAAGUAAUAAAUAAAUCAGAAAAAGAUGAAGUUAAAGAAAAAAAUGAAGAAAAGAAUAGUAAUAAUCAAACGGAAUUGACAAGUUGUAUGAUUAAUGAAAAUAUCAGUGAAUCAACUACUAUCACAAAUGUUCAAGUUGAAGAAAAGAUUGAAAAGGAAGAAUACAUUUCAACAAUCUAUCAGCAAGAAUCAAGCAAAAUGUGUGAUAGUCCAGUGCAGAAUGAAGAAACAUCAAUUAUCCGAAAAAACAAAGGAAAAGAAACAUCUGAAAUUCAAAUUACAGUCAAACCGGAAUUUAUAAAAUUAUUAAAAGAUGCAAAUAUUUACGAGGGUGACCAAUUUAAAUUUGAAUGUCAUGUUAUUGGACAACCUCGGCCCAAAGUUACUUGGUUUAAAGAUGAAAUAGAAAUAAUGCAAAAUCCAGAUUAUUCGAUAUAUCACAAUGAUGAUGGAUUUUGUAGUUUAAUAAUCCAAGAAACUUUUGCUGAAGAUUCUGGCAUAUUUAGUUGUAGAGCAACAAAUUCUGCAGGAUCGACUGAAAUCAAAGCAAAAUUAGAAGUGAAGGAAUCAUCAACAAAAUGCCCAUUUAGCCCUCCGGUAUUUAUCACAAAAUUUAAUGAUGAACCUGCAGUAGAAGGAUCAAGAUACGAGCUUAGAUGCAAGGUGAAAGGCAAUCCAAUGCCAACAGUGCAAUGGUUCAAAAAUGAUGAUCAAAUCAGUACAGAAUCUGAAUAUGUCUCUACGUACAAAAAUAAUGGCGAAGCUAUUUUAGAAUUUAAGAAGGUUCGUGAAAAUGAUCAAGAUCUUUAUUCGUGCGUAGCUAGUAAUCGAAUCGGUAAAGCUACACUUUCAACUAAACUGAAAAUUUAUUGUUCAUUGAAAGAAAAAGCUAUUUUAUAUGAGUUACCAAAAAUUAUGAAGAUUUCAAAGAAUGUUACCAUAACAGAAGGAGGUACGAUAACUUUAGAAUGUGAAGCUUUCGGAUGUCCCAUUCCAACAUUUUUUUGGAAACACGAUGGCCAACCAUUAGAUGAAAUAAAAAAUUCAACGAUACGUCUAAGCGAGUCAAUCAGCAAAUGUUGUCUUAUAAUACCAGAGGCCUCUUCCGAAAAUGCUGGUAGAUAUGAAGUUGUGGCCAAAAAUGAUGCUGGUCAGACUCGUUGCUUUUGCGACGUUAUAGUUAACUGUAACUCUUUGAAUCUAAUUGAUUCAAAUUCAAAACUAAUUGGUAAAAGUAUGGAACUAACAGCACCGAGAAUAAAGUUACCUUUAAAAGAUUUAGCCGUAGAAGAAGGUGCAAGUGUUAGAUUAGACUGUGUCAUAAUUGGAAAACCUGAACCCGAGGUUAUAUGGUAUCAUGAUACCCAGCCGGUAAAAGAAUCAUCAGAUUUUCAAUUACUUUUUCAAGGAGAUCGAUGCUCUCUAAUUAUUCAAGAAGCUUUUAUAGAUGAUGCUGGUACUUAUAAAGUGGUAGCUAUCAAUUCUGAAGGAGAAACAUCCAGUGAAUGUUUACUAAAGAUCACACGUGGUGCAAUAAGAUCAAGUGAUACUUCCCCGAAAUUUAUCAAGCUUCUAUCAGAUUUAUUGGUAGCGGAGGGGGAACAAGCUAUUUUCGAAUGUUCUGUUACUGGUGAGCCUCGACCAAUUGUGGUUUGGUAUUUGAAUAACGAACCAUUGAUUGAAUGCGAGCGCAUUAAAAUUUACAAUGACGCGUCUGGAAGCAAUAUUCUAAAAAUAGAACCAACUUUAUCAAAAGAUAAAGGCAAUUAUACUGCAAAAGCCACUAAUAAAGCUGGAGAAGCAAAAUCUUUUGCUAAAUUAGUAGUUAAAGUACUGAAUGAUUUUCAGCGAAUUGAAAAAUCAUCAUUAAAAACUGAAGAAAAACAAUUAUCAACAGGCUUAAAAAAUAGAUUCGAUAAUAUCGCCCUGAAAAAAGACACAUCUUCAAGUUCUAAAUGUAUUAUAGAAAAUUCAACAUCUAAUAUUCAAUGGGUUUACAACGAGAACACAGUCAAUUUAAAAAAUGAUAUAGUUCCGAAAAAUGACUCCCAAGUUCCUGCUUUUGCUGAAAAAACAAAUACCCAAAGUGAAAAUACACCGUAUGUAGCUGAAAAUAGUAUCGAGAAAGCAGAAUCUAAAACGGAUAUUGGAGAAGGGGUUAAAGUACAGGAGGGGCAAAUUGACACUAUUGAAGUGCCUACGUCGAACUUUGAGAUGCAAGCCUCAAGCAGUUGCGACAAGUACUUUGCGAGUGAGAGGACUUCAGGAGAGGGUGGUAGUCUGUCUGAUAAUCAGACCAUCACAAAAACAUCUUCGAUCAUGGAAUCGUCAUCAACAACUCAUACUUCCAUGAAAAAAGAAUAUAUCACCACGACGAAUUCAUCUACUUUAUCUACUUGCCCAGUUCAUCAAUCAAAUUUAAAAAAGACAUCGCACACUUCUGCACUCUCAACUGAUUUUAAUCGAACUGCGCCUGUUAUGCAGUCAAAAACAAUUGAAGAAUUCGAACGAAUUGUGCAAGACGUGCCAGAUGGUGAGUUGCGCCAAGAAAAGACAGUGAUUGUUACUAAAGAUCUAGGAGGCUCUAAACAGAAGGAGUGCAAACACCAAAUACAAAUUCAAAAACCAUGUCGGAAGCAAACUGCGCCACGAUUUGUUUCUCCAGUCACUGGGAUGAUAGUUGAUCAAGGAACGGAUAUUGUGUUGGAAGGAAUCGUUGAUGGUUUUCCACUUCCCCAAAUCAUCUGGACGAAAAAUGGGCAAGAAAUCGUGCCUAAACAUGGAAUUAAUAUGAGCUAUGAUCACAAUCAUGUAAAACUAGAAAUUAAAGAUGUCAAGGUAAAAGAUGCUGGAAGAUAUACGUGUACAGCUAAAAAUGAUGUGGGCAAUGCAAGCAGCACGGCAGACUUAGUUGUAAAAAAAACAAUAUUCCCACCUGUCUUUGGCAGAAGACUUCAAGCUCAAGUAGUAAAAAAAGGAGAUAGAGUAGUAAUGGAAGUUGAAAUUACUGGCACACCAGAUCCAGAAGUCACUUGGUGGAAAGACGACGAACCAUUAAUUCAAACAGAAUUUAGAAUGAAACGACAAGGAAACUCGUAUUAUUUGUUCAUAAAUAAAGCUGAAAAAGAACACGCUGGAAAGUAUAUGGUUCGAGCAGCCAAUGCUGGGGGAGAAGCACAAAGUAUUGCGGAUUUUGCAGUCUUCGAACCAACUCCAGAUACCAUGGUAGAAAUGCAUAAAACCUUCGUUUAUGAAAAUCUUGCGGAUAAAAAUGCUAAAAAGCCUUGUUGUGGAGUACCCACCGAAAUACCUAGUGCAAAUUUAACCACGGAACAAAUUACGACGACUAUGAUACAGCCAAGUGCAGCUAUUAAGACACCGAUUCCAGCUACUUCCUCGUCAUCUGCAAUCCGAACUAUAAAAACUGAAACUACUGACGGAUCUCAAAAAGCAUCGCGAACAGAAAUGAUAUCGUCUUCUGUUGAAUCUCAUCACACUGAAACUAAGUCCGAACAGAAAUUUCACAUGAAACUAGAACAUAAACCAGCACCUUUGGAUGCAUUUAAAAGGGAAGAAAAAAUUGAAAGAAUAGAAAACACUGGUGAAAAUGAAUCAAAUAUUCAAGAAAAUUCUGAAGUAACAGCUAAUGAAAACAUAGAAACAUCCACCAUUGCUCGCAAAGACGCACUUAAAUUUUUUGAAUCUAUAACUCAAGGCAGUGAAAAUUUCGCUAGAGGUCCUAAAGAAAUGAUUAAGCUGGUGGACGAAGACGACGGCACAGGACCAGGUUGCGAUGUUAAAGUGAAUCAACUAUCGAAAAAUUAUGAAAAAUCAACAAGAUUUGAAGAUGCUGUUAAAGACCAAUCUCGCGCGGAAACCAUUAGUAGUAAAAAAGCCGUUCAAGAUAUUUUCAAUAAAUUUGAAAAAGGUGCUUCAACUCGUGGUAUUGAUAGUUCAGAGAUAGAUUUUCCUUUUGAAGAACAUAAAUUGCCCCAAUUGCAAUGUACGCGAACUAUACUUGAAGAUGUCACAGCUUCUGGGUCACCUAUCCAUGGAACACUGACUAUUUCUAAAUUAGCAGCUCAAUCUGAAAGUGCAGAAGCAAUGUUGAAAGGAUUUAAUCUUGUACCAGAGCCCCCACCAGAAAUCGGAUAUGCACCAAAGCCCGAAGAAGUAGCUAAAAAACGUUUGGAUGUUACGUUAAAAGCAAAACAAUUGCAAGAAUCAUUUGAAAAAAAUCGAUGUCCUAUGGAUGUUCCCGUCGGAGGCGUGAAAACUUUCCCAUCAUCUGUGCCAUCACAGCACCAAUUGAAACAAUCACAAAAAAUGCCACCUCUCUCUAUACCACCUCCGUUUGAUCUCGUUAAGCAUCAGGAUUGUCGUAUAAAAGACUCAGUCACUACUUAUACUGAUAAACAAGAAUGGAAUGUCCCGAGUGAUGAUUACAAAGUUUCAUCAUCCGAAACUAAACAAGAAAUAGAAUUAAAACCCGAUUAUCGAAUGACACAAACAACUGUAGAAUCAUCUACUACAUUAGAAAAAAAAUCUCAAGGAUCUAAAGAAACUCAUGUAACGGAAAAAAAAUUGGAACCGCCACCACAGCUUACAAAACCAAACCAACAACCUAUAAUAUAUAAUGCUGAAACAAUUAAAGUCGAUCACACCAUCAAUACAAUUGAAGAAAAAUCAAUUACAGAAAAAUACGUUGCUGAAUGCGAUGUCCAUAAAAGUGAAAUUGUACAAAAUAAAUAUGAAUCUACUAAAAAACAAACUGCUAGACCGUGGCCGGAUGAUUCUGGUUGCGAUUUAAAAUCACCAGGUUUGGUAAAAAAUUUAUCAAGAUAUUCCAAACCUCGAGUGAAACUUUAUCAUGGAACUCCAUCGUCAUAUUUAAAACCUGGUUCUCCUCCUGAAAUGGCGUAUACUGCUGGACCUCCUGGUCUUGACAAAAAAUACGAGCAAACAUUACAGAAAAAUAUUGUAGAAAAAACUUUGCAAAAAUCAAUCGUUCAGAAACCAGCAUAUAUAAAUUCUACUACUGAGCAGCAUACUAGUGGAUGUAGACAAUAUUCAGCUCCCACAAAAACAUGCAAUUUAAAAUCUACAGAGUCUGAACCUUUUUCACAAAUAUCUGCAUCUCAGUCUAGCGAUCAUCAGUACGUCGUACCUUUGAAACCAGGUUCUCCUCCACAGUAUUUGCAGACGUCAACGUCAUAUUCUACUAAAUAUUAUAGACCAGAAUCUCCUAAGUUAAAAAGCAAAUGUUUUCAUCAAGAAAGUGGUUAUAUGGCUGACACAGAGGAAACACUAAGAGGGCAUGAAGCAAUUUCAGAAACACACUCUUCUUCCUUCAAAACGAAAUCGAAUUUUUCUGAUUGUAAAAGUUCUCAAUCACAAAAAUGUUGCGAUGCAUGUUUUUGUUCUCAUGUGGAUUCUUGCAGUUUUUCACCCAAAACUGAGUCACAAAGAACUUCCUGCAUGGAAAAAACCAUGGAAAAGGCACCGCAGACAAAAUGUAGAUCGACUUAUGAAAAGGAAAAAAUUUCUGAAUCACAAGGCUUUUCACGAUUUUCGAAGGGUGAGUUACGAGAAAGCGAUUAUGAGAGUGACUGCGAUUCAAACAAAUAUUCAUCAUCAUUGAGAAAACAAUUAAGUUCAUAUCAAACCGUACCAGACAUCAGAUCGUCUUCAUCAACUUUCAAAACUUCAUUUAAUGGUUCAGGAAAAUCAACAAUGGCUCCUUCAACCUUUGUCAAAGCAAAAAAUGAAAAAUUUGAAAAAAACAGAGAAACAGUUAAAGACGCUACAUAUCGACCUAAAUCCGUAUUAGUCCCCGGUUCUCCACCCGAAAUAGCUUACGCGCUACCUGUUAGACAAUCUUACUAUGAAGGCUGCAGUAAUACACCUUAUCAUGAUGCGGUAGGUGCUGAGACUAAGCAAACGAUGCAUUUGGAUGAAUCGACGACCAAUACGAGAAGAAUAAUAAAAGUAGAGCAGACUAGUAGAGUCAUAAAAUAUGGGGACAGUCAUGCGCAUCAAGAAACUUGCAAGCUACCCUCUAAAAUAAUAGAAAGCAAAAAGCAAAAAGAUACGUAUUACGUCCCGACUCCAAAAAAGUUUGUUCGAGGGAAUGUUUACGAAUCCGACUAUGAAAACGAUAGCGAUAGUAAGAGAAUUCGAGCGAAAUGGGCACCGAGUGAGAGCGAAAACGAAGAACCGAAAUAUCGAAAAGUCAAUGCACCUAAAAUUCAAAAAACCAAAGUGCCUGUUAUUACCAUGCCUAGCGAUACAGAAAAUGAAAAACUGGAAAAAUACAAAAAAUCUAUUAUUAAUGAAACAUCUAAGCGUUGCCAGGUGAAUGAAGAUCAUGUUUUGAUACCUGGUUCUCCUCCGGAAUUUGCUAUUGCACCAGCACAAAGCUACAGAAAAACUGUAAAUUAUAUGGCUUCUGAAAAUAUUAAAAAUAUGAAGAGUAAUUUUAAAUCAAAAACCGAACAUUUUUCGAAUCAAAUACAAUCAGAUUUAGAAAAGAGAAACAAACCUAUUCUUAAACGUCCUGCGUGUACUGACAAAAGCACACAAAAGGCUCAUGAAUCAAGUGUCAGUAGAGAAGAGUCAAGGGUUUCACAAUAUGGCACAAAACAAAUCGAUCCAACGACGGGUUUGGUUUACUUCAAAUAUGAUUUCGGAUAUGAGUUUGGUAUCGUGCUAUCCGAGGAAACAAAAAAAUCGGAAGUGAAUAAAUUACAAAAAUCAGUAACACGAAAAGUAUCAGAGAGUGACAUCGAAGUACCAGUUAUUCACGAGUACGAUUCUCGACAAAGAAGUGGUUCCAACAUAUCUGACCAUCAAAAUUACCAUACCUUUCCUCGAAAAUCAUGUGGAAAACUCAGUAAAAGUGUUAAAUGGGAACCAAAUUCAGAAAGCGAAUUUUCUGAAUUUGAAGAUUUUAAAGGAUCCUGUGGUAAAACACCUGACCUUUCAAAUGCUCUUGAAUCUAACUAUUCAAUCUCGCCUCGCUGGAAUCACACUUCUCCAAGGCCGACUUCUAUUAGUCCAAGAAUGUCUAGCCCAAGACAUGUUGGUAUGAUAGUUAAUAUCGAUGAAUCGAGGCCAGAUUCUCCAUGGUCUGGAUCCAAUAAUGAGAGGAUUAUACCUGUUACAACAGAAGUUGUAAAACCUUAUAUUGAAAUAUUACCAAAAAAGGCUCCUUUGUUUACAACUCCUCUAAAAGACAUAGCAGUAGUGAGUGGACAAAGUGCUCGAUUUGAAUGCAUUGUUCAAGGAGAGCCACAACCGAAAAUUCAAUGGUCCAAAGAUAGUGAAAUACUCGGGAAUUCAACAAACACUGAUAUUUAUUACCGUAACGGCGUAUGUCGACUCACUUUGAACAAAACAUCAAUUGUUGAUGCCGGAACAUAUAUUUGUACAGCUACAAAUGGUUUAGGAUCGACGGCAACAUCAGCAAUUUUGCAAGUACCAGGUAAUAGACGGUCGAUAUAUGGGGUUAACUAAUUUACGUCCGAUGGAGGAUCGGAUGAUGCAAUCAUAUUUAGUUUUAUUUAACAAUGGUAUGGUGGUGGUGGUGUAGAAGAACAAAUACUUUCAUAAUAAAUUUAUUGGACUAAUUUACAUUCUCCAUAUUAAUUUUUCAAUAGUUAUAUUUUUCCUUUUUAAAACGAUUGAUCAUGUUAUCAUUAAGAUUGAUAGUAACUAUAAAACGUUGCAAGUUACUUCAAAACAUAAAUCUUCGAAUCUCUAGUCUAUUUUUGAUUAUAAAAAGUACAUAUACAAUAUAUAAAAGUAAUGAAAAUGUAAGUUAUGUUUCUUGAGCAGAUAAUGCUUCUGUUUCAAACAUAAAAUUGAAAUUGAAAAUUUCAUAAAUAGCAAUUUGAUAUUACAUAAAUGUACGAUAUCCCUCUGAAAUAGAGGAAAAAAAGUUAAAUGAAUAUUAUUUUAUGGGUUACCAUUGCCUUUUCACUAAAACGAACGAAUCAAUUUUUAUCAUAAGCGAUUAGGAUUAUGGAUUAUCGAGAAAAAUAUUAUACCUAUAAGAAAACUUUUGAAUUUUUAUACAGCAAUGGAAAGUUAUAUUAUUGAUGAUUUAAUACGUUUACUUAAAACUAUUUUCAAAAGGAUUCAAUUCGACACAUAAAUCAAAAUGUCUCUUUUACUUAAAAAAUAAGAAUGAUAUGAUUUUUAAAAAAUUUCUUCAACCAUAACAAAAAUUAAUUCUUUAAAUUUCACUUAAGCAUUCAUUUAAGCCCUUCUUAUAAUUCUCAGAUAUAUUUAUGAUUCACAUUGCCUUAUAAUCGGAAAUAUGAAAUAUUAAGAUACUUUUAAUUUUGUAUUGAAUUAAUCAAAAUCUUUCUAACCUUCAGAGGACUGACGUUUAAAACCAAUGUUGAUUUAUCUUUAUUAAAAUCCAGUACACAGGUUUUCCGUACCUCUGAAGGUUAAAUGUAAAGAAAAUUAGUGUCAAUAAUAAUUGAUUUGUUAGAGUAAAAUUGAUGUUAAUAACUGAAAAAUGAUUUUUUCACUUCAAAUAAAUUUAAAGGUUUCAUGUUCCGAAUUCUAUCUAAGAUGGAUUUUAAUAGAAAAAGCCUGCACCCUUUUAGAAUUCUAGCAUCCUACUUAGAAAACUUAUCAACCAGAUUAUUCUACACUGUAAAAAAUGUAGUGUUAAAUACUGGUUUAUUUGAACCAAAUAGACUUUUUUCAAAUUUAAUAAAUUAAAACAAAUAUUUUAUUUAAUUUAAAUAACUAUGUAUUCAGCCCAGUUUUUACAGUGUAAAAAAUGUAACAAAGAAUAUAUCCUUUUAUGCAUAAAAUAUCUUAAAUUUUUCAA